CUUCAAAAUUACAGUAUGGGGAGAUCCUGAUUUCCCUCUAAGAGCCAUACAGUGCAUCCGGAAAGUAUUCACAGCGCUUCACUUUUUCCACAUUUUGUUAUGUUACAGCCUUAUUCCAAAUUGUAUUAAAUGGAUCUCUUUUCUGAAGAUUGUAUUCACAGAUUCCCCUUCACGACACUAGGGAAACUUUUUUUUAGACUUUUGCAAGUUUGUUAAAAAAAGAAGACAAAGAAAUCACUUUGACAUGAAUAUUCAAUGCUUUUGCUUAAAACUUUGUUGAUCAAUUACAGCCUUUUUGAAUAGGACGCCACCAGCUCAGCUCACCUAGCUUUACGCAGUUCCUCCCGUGCUGCUUUGAUUCUUAGUGAAGCUCGACCAGGUGAUGGGGGUAUAUUUGUGCAGCCAUUUUCAGAUCACUCCAGAGAUGUCCAGUUGAAUUCAAGUCUGGACUCUGGCUGGGCCACUCCAGGACAUUCACAGGUCCUGGAGCUGAAGUCCUGAAGCCGCUCCUUAGAGGUCUUUGCCAUGUGUUUUGCAUCGUUGUCCUGUUGGCAAAUGAACAGUCUCAUCAGUCGGAGGUCAUUAGUGCUCUGGAGGGAUUUUUCCUCCACAAUGUAUUCAUCUUCCCUCUAGCUUGACUAGUCUGCCAGUUCCUGCUGCUAUAAAACAUCAUCAUUGCUCCAUGAUGCCACCACUAUGUUUCACUGUAAGGAUGAUGAUGAGCCUAGCGCGUCACACCAAAGUUUUCAAUCUUUGUCUCAUUAAAUCAUCAGCUAAUUUUGUUUCUCAUGGUCAGAGAAGCCUUCAGGGGCCUUUUGAAACUCCAGAUGUGCCUUUUCCUAAGAAGUGACUUUCAUCUGGCUGCUUUAACAUGCAGGCCUGAUUGGCGGAUUGCUGCAGAGAUGUUUGAGCUUCUAAAAGGCUCACCUCUCCCUUCCUCUGGGGCUCCAACCAUCAGGUUCUUGGUCAACUUUAUAACAAAGGCCCUUCUCCCCUGAUCUCUCAGUUUAGAUGGCUGGUCAUCUCUAGGAAAAAUCCUGCUGGUUCCAAACUUCUUCCAUUUAUGAAUGAUGGACCUUCAGAGCAGCAGAUUUAUUUUUCUGUAUCCUUCCCCAGAUCUAUACCUCAAUCCUGCCUCAGAGGUCUGCAGACAAUUACUUUGAGUCCAAGCACCAAGCACAGGUGUUUGUCUUUCCAAAUCAAGUCCAAUCAACUGAAUUCACCACAAGUGGACUCCAUUUAAGCUGCAGAUACAUCUCAGUUUUGAGCUUCAUUGCAAAGGCUGUUAAAUACUCACUUAAAUGUUAUUUGUAGGUUUCUGUUUUAAUUAAUUUGCAGAUAUCUUUAAAAUGUUUUUCACAUUGUCAUAAGGGGGUAUUUGUGUGUAGAUUUUGGGGAAAGAGAUUAAUGCAAUUUGGAAAGAGGCUGCAACAUGACAAAAUGUGGAAAAAGUGAAACUUUCCGGAUGCACUGUUUUGUGAAAUGCUGCGGACAAAAGCCUUGGAUUUAAUGUGAGUGUGCCUGGAGACAGCGCUGCUGCCACCAUGAAGAGUGAAGUGCCAUCUGAGGCCUCUAGCAGACAGGAGCAUCUGAAGGAGCCACUGGUGAACCCAGAGUCCAUGGACGGGGCUAAGAACUUCCCCAACAACAUGGAGGUUCUCGGAAAGGCGGCCAGCGACUUCGAGGCCCUUUGUGAAUCCAGGCACCGGCCCCUGAGGGACACGGGGACGCACAGAGACUCGGAGAGGAGCCUGGCAGGGCGGAGAAAAAGAAAAGGGCAGCAGGCGGGGCCGUCGGACUGUUCGCUGAAGGAGGACCACAUCAGUGAGAACUCGCUGGCUCCUCAGCGGGCCAGAGUAGAACUUUUACCGCAUCCCAGUGAGGAUGAACAGAACAAUGAGUCGUCCUUUAGUGACUGUGCCUCUUCCCCGUCAUCCAGCCUCCGGUUUGGAGACUCGGACACCCUUAGUUCAGAUGAUGAGGGGGAAGCCGGAGCGACAGGGGGCCAACACAAGGCCCCUGCCCUACCACCCGGGGGAGGCGCCGCGGUCGGCCUGCGCCCCAGUCUGGGCCGAACUCGGGGUAGUCGCUCUCACAAGUGGGUCCGACCCGAGCCCGAGCCGGUGCUGUUGAAGCGGCCGUGCCUGAGCAGCCGGCGGCCACCGCAUCGGAAACGCUUUGUGAAGAUGGCUCCCGGCGGAGGCCAGCGGACUCAAAAGCAGAAGGAGCGGCUGCUGCUGCAGAGGAAGAAACGGGAAGUGAUCGCACGGAGGAAAUACGCUCUGCUCCAUAGCACUAGCAGCUCCAGCAAAGAGCUUAGCAGCGACUCGUCCUCGGCGUCAUCAACCGAAGCAGAAGACGAGCUGUAUGUGGAUGUGAGCAGCACCAGCAGCCAGCCGAACAGUGCUACUGUAGCCACAGGUGCUCUGGAUGAGGAUGUGGUGGUGAUAGAGGCGUCUCCAGCUCCAGCGAAUGCUGUUCCCGCCAGCGAGGAGAUCAACGUCACCUCGACGGACAGCGAAGUGGAGAUUGUCACCGUUGGAGACGGAUUUAGGUCACGCUCAGUCGGUGGUCUUAGUAGGAUUUGGGGCAGUAGUUGUGCCCAGAAUCGCCUCCAGGAGCCGCGUGGACGUCACCGGCUCUCAACAGUCAUCCAGCCGCUGCGCCAGAACCCCGGGGAGGUGGUGGAUCUCACUGUCGACGAGGAUGAUCUCUCAGUCAUACCAACAACCUCCGGCAGCAUUCACACUCAGACAGUAAGGUCGUCCUCUUCAUCGUCAUCCUCCCAUCACGCCUCUGCCUCUGAGCUCAAUGAUGCCCCGGGCCCUUCCACCAGCUGCGCAGGUUCAAUGCCUGAAAGUGUGCACACACAGAGAGCCAGUGGUUCUGCUCGCACAGCUGCAGAAGAUGACAACAGACCAGGCUUGUCUGGUACAGGAGGAGAAAACUCAGGCACAGCCAUGCCCAGACUCCCAUCCUGCUGUCAGCAGCACUCUCCGUGCAGCGGCCCCUCUCCUGGUCACAUGUCCCUCAGCCACUCCCAUUCUAGCUGCUUGCAAGCGUCCUCCUCUCAGCAGACCACCGGCUCUCAGCACAGCCACAGCAACACUCACCACUUUGUCCACCAUAUCCAUCACCCUGCACCACAGCCCCCGGGAACCUUACCCUUUCAAGAGCCAAGCUGUCCUGUGGAACGCCCCAGUGCUCUGCCUGCCCCCUGUGCUGGAGUUAGCAACAGCAGCAGCAGCAAUGCAUCCCACUACCAUGACCAGCAAACCCUGCCAGUGGACCUGAGCAACAGCAGCGUUCGAGGCGGUGGCACCGGGGGUGCUAGUUUCCAUGGCAGCACGUCAGCCUUUGACCCUUGCUGCCCGGGCUCCUCCUCACGGGCCCCUGCUUAUGUUUCACAUGCCACCCCAGGGCCCAGUCAGCCAGCUGUGGUGGACUCAUUCAGCUCCUCCAUGGUGGCUCAGCCACAAACACAACCUCAGCCCUGCAGACAUUACAUGCACCCACCUUAUGGCUCUCUAACGCGAUCCCUGCAUCAUCAGCCCUCCUCCGCCUGCCCUCACUCCCACGGGAACCCCCAACUCACACCGCAGCCUCCUCCACAAGGCGAAUUCCUCAUUCCCCACUCCUUUCAUACGCCACUGCCAUCCCACCCUGCAGGUCACUCGGUUCCUCCCGCGCCUCCACCUCCCCUCUCCGCCCACCACCUCCCCACUUCAACUGUGCCGCUGGCCCAGCACCUUCCACCAGACCACCAGACGCUGCAGCACCACAUGCCACCUCUGGGGCCUUCGGUGCAGAGGAUGCAUCAGCACGAGAUGCUGCAGAGGAUGGAGGUCCAGAGGCGGAGGAUGAUGCAGCACCCCACGCGGGCGCAUGAGCGGCCGCCUCCGCACCCCCACAGGAUGCACCCCAACUACGGCCAUGGACACCACAUCCAUGUGCCACAGACCAUGUCUUCCCAUCCUCGCCAGCCUGAGCAGAGAACGACAUGGGAGCUUGGCAUCGAGGCUGGAGUGCCAGUGGCUUCAUACACUUCAGGGCACCUGCACUCUCACCUGCCCCACUACCAUACUCCCCCGAGACUGCAUCACUUCCCCAUCUCCUUAAUGCACACUACUGGCAUUUCUGAAGUGACCUACCCGCACAUUAGGUACAUCUCAUCGAGAAUGACUGGCUUUGGAAGAACCUACGAGGACCUGCUGCAUUUAGAGGAACGACUUGGGACUGUGAAUCGAGGAGCCUCUCAGGGAACCAUAGAGAGGUGCACCUACCCACACAAGUACAAGAAGAAGGUGUUGGAGAGAGACAUUGACCAACAGUUAACCCCUGAAGCUUGGGCAUCUAUUGGGAAAAAUAUGCACGCAACCCCAGAAUCGAGAAAGCUGCACGGCAAGCAAGACGAAGAUGAGGGGGCUGAUGAAGACACGGAGGAGAAGUGCACCAUCUGCCUGUCGAUACUGGAGGAGGGGGAGGAUGUCAGGCGCCUGCCGUGCAUGCACCUCUUCCACCAGCUGUGCGUGGAUCAGUGGCUCCUCACCAAUAAGAAGUGCCCCAUCUGCAGAGUGGACAUUGAGGCGCAGCUGUCUGCCGAGAGUUGAUGCUGUUUUCCCAACAACACUUUUGUUUGUUCGGAGUUUAUUUUCAGAUCAUAUUAACUUUCUCUUCAGUACUGCAGUCAACCAAAGAUGGCACGAAUUACCUGCGCAGCUCUACUACGAGGAAAACUAAAAAGUAAAACAAAAAAGCAUCGAGCCUAGAGUGCCAGCUCUCACAUAGUAGAACAACAACUAGAUUUCUCCAUUACGGAUUUAAGAUUUUAUUGUAUUUAUGAAGCUUUUAUGUAGCUUUUGAUUGUUUCCUCAAGUGUCAUUUUCGUUUUGUUUCUCUGCAUGUUUCCUUGCAAUGCAUUUCUUUGCACAUAUAACGUGGGCUUAACACAGCCCGCCGAGUUGCAGGUGAGGGGAGCUGCUCUAGUAAAGAUGCAUUUCUGUAAACCUAAUGCCUUGCUUUACUAGAAUAGAAUGUCAACCUUCAGUUUAAACAAAACACACAAAAAAAAAACAUUGCAGGAUUCAUUUUACCAGUCAUUGUAUUGAUUAGUUUAUGUUUAGCAGAUGUGGAUUGUUAGUGAAAGAUGUUCUUUUUUUUUUUGUUUUUGUUUUUUCUUCCAAGUAAAUCAAGACAUUCCUAACUAAGGAAAUAUGUUAACAAAUCAGCUGCUGUAUUAGUGCACACCCAGUAUUUCUAGAGUGGAAAUCAGCUCCAUGGUUCACCUCACUCCCAGAAUAUGCACAUGCUUUGCUACGACUACACCACCCUCCUGCACCUUCAUUGGGCGACAGCACCCUCAUCACCAUCCCCAUGUAUUUUAGGGAGCAAAAAAAAAAAGAAUGUCACACCCCCUCUCUUGACUGUUGUGUCCAAACUGAGCGAUUGUCGGGAACUGCUGUGAAUCUUUUCUCAUUUUUUAUUCCGUCGGGGUUCUUCCCGCAGACAGACGUGCGAAGCCUAACUAAGGGUUUUUGUGAGAUGAUCUCAGGCCUGUGAGUGUUGAAGAGUUUUGAAAACUGGUGAUCAUGCUGUUAAAUUGAUACUGGCAGUGGCGUUGACUUUUUAAUCUCCUGUGGGCGUGUGUGUGUGUGUGUGUGUUCAGAGGGGAAAAACACAGCUCAAGUUGAGAUUUACUGUUUGUUCUCACACUUCUAACUGAUUUCGCCACCAUCCCUUUCUGUCUCUCUCUGUAGUUGAGCAGCAGCGUCCAUCUUGGAUGCUGUGGAAAGAAAAGAAAAACACUAAUACUGUUGACUAACUCACUCGCAUAGACUUGCACAAGAGAGAAAACGGUAGAUUAGUAGUGAAUAUGACGCUGAGGCCAUGUGAUGAUCAUGAGGGGUGAAAAAAAGGAAAAAAUAUAUUUGAGCUGAGUGUUGAAAUGCAGUACUUAAAGCAGGUAUCCAUGCAUUCAUUGACUUAAAGGCACCAGGAUCAUAUUAUGUGGGAUUUAUAUUAGUUUUGAAAAAUAAUAUUAAUAAACUUGGAUAACUCUUGUUGA